AUGGCUGGCAUGGAGCAGCUCGAAAUCCACAGCAAGUCGUAUCUUGUUCGCUGGGUAAACGUGUCUGCUGGACACACUAUUUCAUGGAGCAUACAACCUCACAAGAAGUCGAUCAACUUCGGUCUCUAUAAGCACCCUGGCGCGGCGACCGGAAAUACAACCACCGUAACGUCCCUCUCCACCUUCGAACCUCCUCCGACGCCCGGCCUUGACGUGCCCACCGGCCGUGGACGUGGCCAGUCUACCUCGCGCAAUGACAGAACGGUCGUAUUCGAGAAGUUGGAGAAGAUUGGACUGAAGCAGGUACACUGGGUUGGAAAAUGCGAGGCUGAAAAGGUGUCCAUAGGAACGUGGGAUGUGCCCGACAAUGAAGGUGGCAUGUAUGGCCUGGUGUUCGACAAUACGUUCUCCAAGACGGUGUCCAAGACAGUUACAUUCGUGCUGAUGACAUAUCCGACCAAUGCACCGCCAAAGUCGGGUCACCACAUGCACUAUGCUCAGGCUAUGGGAGGGCAGAGUUCAACAAGCCUAGGAUCCAGUCCAGCAUUGGGACCAACUGCUGCACAGUCUUCGGAAUCACUACCGCACCCACCGCUCGCAGACCGGCCCAAGUCCUCGUAUGCGCCAACAGCUGCACCCUCGCUAAGCUCUUCGUUCCUCACUGGAGUCCUGCAAAAGAAGCGGAGGAAGAGGAACCAGGGAUAUGCCAGGCGGUUCUUCUCGCUCGACUUCACGUCUUCAACACUAUCCUAUUAUCGAAAUGAUCACUCUUCGGCAUUGCGCGGCGCCAUACCCCUUUCUUUGGCUGCCAUUGGGGCAAAUGGAGAGACGCGGGAAAUAUCUGUAGACUCAGGAGCAGAAAUAUGGCAUCUACGAGCCAACAAUGCGAAGGACUUCGAUACAUGGAGGGACGCUCUCGAUCGAGCUUCUCGCAAUGCAGGUCUCGCCUCGCCGACAUUACAGAUACUAGACAGCUCCUCUAAGGGUGGAUCACGUAUUGCAAAUGCGGCAGAAGAAAACGACUGGGCUAGAGUUGAAACCCUAGUAAGCAAAAUCGCAGGUACAAGAGAUGCGGUGCGAAGGCUCGCUCAGGAUACGGACCCGAAAUACCAGCAGGCAGCAGCACCUGUCCCAGCCAAACAGCCGCAGGACAGCUUGUCGCCAAGCCCCUCAGAAGAGAGCAGCGAUUACUUCCUAGACGACAAGGGCUUCGAUAAGAAGGCAUUUUGGAAACGAAAAGCAAGCAACUCAGGGGGUCAUAGCCCUGCGAGCCUAUUCAGAAGAAGUGUUUCUGCCCAGACUGGGGUUGCGUCGCCGAGUGCCAUUCCCCCUGUCCCUCCUCUUCCUGCUAAUGGAAAUUUGUCGGUCCCAAAACGAAACAAUCGCCUUAGCGUGGCACACUCAACACAGAAUGAGGGACUUCACGAUCAUUGCAUGGAACUGCUACAUGACCUCGACACAGUAGUAAAAGAAUUUUCGUUGUUGAUAGCAGAAAGCCGGCAAAGACGUACCCCCGCACCACUCUCUACUGUAUCUUCUAGGCGAAGUAUAGACUCGCAGGAAUCUGCAGACGAAUUCUUUGAUGCCAACGACGGCGGAACUGCGCACUCGCAACUUCUAAAAAUCCGUCGCGACAGCUCAGGAGCACACUCACAUGACGAGGUCUCCGAUGGAGAGUCUAUAUCAUCCUCUGACAAUGAAGGGGGCGGCUUCUUCGACAACCGCGCCUCCCUCGAGGUCCAACCCUCCAUCUUCCCCAAGAAGCCUAAGUCCUUGACUCCACUCCCGCUGGACCCCGUGCCCCGUCGUAAGGAUGUUCCGAUAUCAAAGACAACGCCUCCUAGCCUUAUCGCUUUCCUUCGAAAGAACGUGGGCAAAGAUCUCUCUACUAUUGCUAUGCCUGUCACGUCCAACGAACCCACUUCUGCUCUGCAACGUCUUGCCGAACAGCUAGAAUACACCGAGCUCCUUGACGCAGCGACCCAGGUCCCGGCUGAGACUGGAGAGCGACUAGUAUACAUGGCCGCUUUUGCCAUCUCUGCCUUCAGCAAUGCCCGUGUCAAGGAACGCGCCACACGCAAGCCUUUUAACCCUAUGCUAGGAGAGACCUUCGAGCUUGUCCGCGAAGACAAAGGCUUCCGUUUCGUCGCCGAGAAAGUCGUGCACCGCCCUGUACGCAUGGCCUGUCACGCCGAAUCAACAAAUUGGACGUUCAUGCAAGCUCCCACCCCGGUGCAGAAGUUCUGGGGUAAAAGCUUCGAGAUCAACACGGACGGGAAGGCUCGAGUCUUCCUGCACGACGCGGGUGAGCACUACAGCUGGACCGUCGCAAGCAGCUUCCUCCGCAACGUCAUCGCAGGCGAGAAAUACAUCGAGCCCACCGGCACCAUGACCGUGCUCUGCGAAACUACAGGCGCAAAGGCAGUCUGCACCUUCAAAGCAGGCGGCAUGUUCGCGGGCCGCUCCGAAGACGUCAACGUCCAGACUUUCGACAACGCGGGAAACCCGCUUACCGCCGGCGCGCAGGGGAAGUGGACGAGCGACCUCGUGCUCACACCCACGGGCAAGACGGUGUGGAAGGUCGGCGCGCUCGUCGAUAAGCCUGAGAAGCAUUAUGGUUUUACUACAUGGGCGGCGAGUCUGAAUGAGAUUACGCCGCUGGAGAAAGACCAUAUCCCGCCCACGGACUCGCGUCUAAGGCCUGAUCAGCGAGCGGCGGAGAACCAGGAUAUGGAUACCGCCGAGGCACUCAAGGCGCGCCUGGAAGAGCGGCAGCGUCAAAGAAGGCGGGUAAUGGAAGAGCACGGGCAAGAGUGGACGCCAAAAUGGUUCGUCAAGGGCGGGCCGGAGGUGGAGAGCGCGUUGGGCGGCGAGGAGGUGUGGCGGCUCAAGGCUGGGAAGGAAGGGUACUGGGAGUCUCGUGAGAGGGGCGAUUGGGAGGGCGUCACGGAUGUCUUUCAGGUGUAG